AUGUCAAACAAAUUAUCUUUACAAGUUAAUAAUGAAUAUAAAUUUUAUCAUCAUACUUCACAUGAUGACAAUUUUUAUCUGAUAAAAUGUAAAAAAAUUCCGCAAGAUUCCAAUUUGAAUGAUCAUUAUGAUUAUGACGAUCGUGGAUUUUUUUAUGAACAUUUAAAUGAAAAUUUUUAUGUUAUGUACAAAUUGAUUUCACAUGCUUCAGUUCUAAAUCUAUUAAAUGGUAUUGAAAUUGAUGAGAGUAUUUUGAAAUGUGAAUCAUUAAAUUUAAACCAAAGAUUACAUCUUGAACAAGAAUUGAAAAAAAUAAUACUUCCUUCACAUUUUAUGAAAUUUCAUGUUCCUGAAAAAGAUACGAGAACAGAUUAUAGUAGAAGUAUCAACUCCUUUCGUGAUCAUAAUUCAGCAACUUUAGUAAUAGAUAAUCUAACUCAUUUUGAUAAUGGUUUACAUCAUCAACAAAAUGGUACCUAUAAUAAUCAACAACUCGAUAAUAAUAUUCCAAAUGAUCAUCAUCUACAGCAACAAGCGCCACAACAUACUCCUGAGAGAAUAUCAUUAUUUCAAGAUAGUCAUAUGAAUUAUAACAACGUUGGUUAUAAUAAUUAUGUUCCUCAAGAUGCAAUUGGAGAUUACACUCAUCAACAACAAGUUGAUCCGUAUUAUCUUCUCCCAAGCGAUGAUCAUGCCCCUGUUAAUGGUGGUUACACACAACGACAUACAAAUUUAUUUCAUGAGAAUAAUGGGUCGAAAGAUACUACCAAUCAGAAUUGUGACUUUAUUUUGUCACCUAAUAAUAAUAAUAUUGCUCAAACAAGUCAUCCACAGCAUCCACAACAUCAACAACAUCAACAACAUCAACAAGAAGUUGAUCAAAACAAUAUUUCACAAGAAAUGAGAUCAACUUAUAGUUAUGAGAAUAAUGAAUUGCCAAGAAGUGAAGUUGGAAAUUGUAUUUAUUCGCCGCAGCAACAACAUAAUAAUUUUCCACAUCACCAAUUUUUUUUAAUUUAAAAAAACCAAAAUGUAAGAUUUAAGUUUAGAAUAAUUUGAAUUUUUGAAACAAGUAAUUAUUCAAAUUAUCCCAAACUUUAUAUGAAAAUUUCAAAUAUGG